AUGUUAGGGAGAUAUGUGGUGGCAUACAUUGAUGAUAUCCUGAUCUACUCCCCAUAUGAAGAGAGCCAUUUCCAACACAUCCAAUCAGUGCUCAAUCACCUGUUAGAAAACCACCUUUAUGUCAAAGCCAAGAAGUGCGAUUUCCACACACAUCAGAUCUCCUUUCUGGGGUACAUCGUCAGUGCAGAGGGGGUCAGUAUGGACCCCUCCAAGGUAUCUGCAGUGACUUCCUGGCCAGUGCUCAAUUCAGUCAAGGAGCUCAAAUGCCUCCUAGGUUUUGUAAAUUUCUAUCACUGUUUCAUUAGAAAUUUCAAUAAUUACAUGGUGCCCUUGAUCUCCCUGUUAAAGAAGGGACCAAAGCACCUCCACUGGACCCCUGCAGCCAAAGAGGCCUUCAACAAGCUCAAAACUGCCUUCACCACAGCCCCGAUCCUACAACACCCUGACCCUACCUGA